ACCGGAACGCACACAGUGCCGGAUCGUGGUAGCUAGUGGCUCGCUAGCCAACACGGCCACCGACGCUCCUUCGCCCCCGAUGGCUUCCCCUGCUCGCCACCUCUUCCUCGCCGCAUUAGUGGCCGUGCUCGCCGUCACGGCGGAAGCGUGGGGCGGUGGCCGCUUCUUCUUCAGCAAGACCACGCGCGCCGACCCCGCCGUCGAGCCUGAGAAGGCUGCGGCGGCGGACCCUAAUGCGGCGCCGGCGUUCUCCCGGCCGUCGACCGGCGGCAGCGGCCGCGGGUACGGGCUCUACGGCCGCCCCGAGGAGAACUACCCGCCGAACUACUUCCGCCGCGGCGUGCACCGCAACGCCGAGAAGCUGACGACGGCGUCGGCGGCGGCCGACGUGCCGGCCACCACCCGCACGACCGAGGAGCCGCCGGUCCCCGCGGGAGGCGGCCGCGGCGAGCGCGCCCAGCAGUACCCGGAGGACGGCAGCGGCAGGGGCCGCCCGCCGACCAACGUGCCGGCCACCACUUCGUAUACCGAGGAGGAGGCGGCCCCCGCGCGAGGCGCCGCCGGUGACCUCGACGGCGUCCAGCCCUACCCGGAGGACGGCAGCGGCAGGGGCCGGCCGCCGUGGUACUACACGGCCUUCCGCGGCGGCAGCAGGCGGCAGCAGGGGCAGGACGACCAGCAGCGGGGCUACGGGAUGAGCGACACGCGGCUGUACCAGAACGGCCGGUACUACUACGACGUGGACGCCGGCAGGUACGGCUACGGCCGCGAGUCGAACCCCAUGCGGGCGCGCCCCGAGGCCGAGGAGGAGUUCGCCGGCUCCGGGUACGGCAGGCGCGGGGGCUACGGCAAUGCGGCGGCGGGUUACCCGCGGUACGGCAACGACGACGAGUUCAAGAACCCGAACAGCUUCCAGGAGGAAGGCCGGAACGGACGAUACAUUCCAUGAACAUGAAGCGAAGACGACGAUCAAAGCCUUGUACGAGUAAGUUGUAACGUGCGCUGCCGCUUCCAGUAGUGAUCGUAUUCGCGUGCUCCGUUUUUCAGUUCGCCAGCUAGCUGCUUGUUUACUACGAGUAAUCUCGCUUGGGAUAGCUGCUCCUUGUUUGGUACGAGUACUUGGGGAAGAGCCAGCUAGCUGCUCCUCCUGCCUGCAGUUCGCCAUGGUGACGCAACCAAUGAAUGAUAAGCUCUCAGUGACUGUGUGUCUGUACUGUACAAUGCAACGUGUACUGUAUUGCAGAUCAAAAUGCUAUCCACCCUACUAUAUUCAUCUGUC